AUGACUCAGGCGUGGAUGUUGACAAAAUAUAAUGGCCCGUACACGUGCAAUCAGCUGUUACAUGAUCCAAACCAUCCGAAUUUUGGGUCUGGUCCGAUCGCAAACUAUAUCAAGGGUCAAGUAAUGCUGCAGCGUGACAUACAGAUUGAUACCCUCAGAGCUGGAAUUUGGCAACAACAUGGAGUUAGGCCUCCGUAUAAAAGAACCUGGACUGCAAAGGAAAAGGCAAUAGCUGAUGUUUAUGGUUGCUGGUAUGAUUCAUUUUCUAUCGUUCACAAGUUCAUGAACGAGAUGAUGCAUGUCAACCCUGGAUCAUUCUGGCAUGCACAAGGCGCUGAGCCUGUUUUGUUCGUCGACGGUACUCAUUUGUAUGGAAAAUACAAAAUGACCUUGUUGAUCGCGUCGGCAAUCGAUGGGAACAGUCAAAUAAUGCCACUGGCAUUUGCACUUGUUGAAUCUGAAAGUACUAACAGUUAUGAAUAUUUUUUUGUACAUUUGCGGGAGCAAGUGAUUUGUGAAAGGAAGGUGUCCAUUUUAUCUGAUCGGCACGCUGGAAUAUUGUCGGUUUUGAAGCGUCCUGAAUGGGCCGGUGUCGCUCACAAGUUUUGCAUCAGACAUUUCUGUAGUAAUUUUCGGACUAAGUUUAGGAACAAGGUUUUAAAAAGCUGGCGGAGAAAGCAGAAGAAGAAGUACUGUCGCUACAUGGACAGCAUCAAGAUUAGAAGCCCAGAAGCGUAUGCAUGGCUCACUAAGAAAGAAAAGCGGCCGAAAGAAAAGUUGACAAGGGUGUAUGACAGAAAAGGCCAACGCCACAAUGUGAUGACAACUAACUAUGCUGAGUCUGUCAACGCGACGCUGAAGAAUAUAAGGGGGCUUCCGGUCAUAUCAAUGCUUGAGGCAAUUUUUGAUAGGAUGGUCAAAAUGUUCGACACGCGUUGGAAGACGUAUGAGUCAUUGAUUGCCAUAAACGUUCGCUACACUCCAAUAUGCAUCCAACUACUGAAAUAG